AUGAGUAAAGAUCGCGCUCGGCCGAAUAAAGUCGCAACAUCGCAGAUACGGCCAGGGAGGCCUAAGACCGACUUGGCGGUCUCACAAAAGGAGUGGAGAGCCGACGUUGACCGAAAACGCCCCCUCAAAUCAACACAUGAGGCUACAUAUGAGCACUCAUUGAGAGGUCAACAUCCGAGGCUCAACCGCGAAGAAGAGGGAACUGAGACGCUAAGACCGAAAAAGGUAGGGUGCCCCACGUUUGGUUCCUUCCCUUCCCGAGUGACAGAAUUGCUGCACUGGCUGAACAUUGAAGCAGGCGCGGGCACGGCGCAGUCUCUCUUUCCCGCGGAUGUCGCCCUCCAUUCUUCCGACCGCCCGGAAAAGAAUAAAGCGGGUCUGAUGGUCAGUUCCAGCCAUUCAGAUAACUGGAAACGGCAGAGAAUUGGAGACCAGCCACUUACGGAAUCCCCAUGGUGCCCCACCUGCGCAGGCGUUGGAGAGAAAGAACGGAAAGCACGACGGCCAGCCGAGAAAGAGCAGGAGCAGAAAAAAAAAAGCCUGCCUCAGUCAGUAUCUGCCACCUUCGGUCUGUACUUUGACCGUGUACCGUUCCCAGUUACCGUCCCCGUCUGUCGCCGUGGUACCUUGCUCUUGCGGCAUUUGACAGCCAGCAACUCUGCCUUUCUCGAAUUCCACUCUUUUUCUGAAUUCUUCCACUCCCCAACUCCUCCGAUCCCGAACAACAUCUAUUGCUCCGCGAAUACCCUCACGAGGCACCAACGACCGUCACGAUGCUUUCCCGAGGAUCCGCCCGCACUGCGCAGCCGCGACGUGGUUUUUUUCUUGAUUCUGCGCACCGCGCAGCCCGCGCGCGCCUACGCCACGGUCGGCUCUGACAUCUUCAAGCCCACCAAGUUUGGCGGCAAGUACACGGUCACGUUGAUCCCUGGUGACGGUAUCGGUGCCGAGGUCGCCGAGAGCGUCAAGACCAUCUUCAAGGCCGACAACGUCCCCAUUGAGUGGGAGCAGGUCGAGGUCUCUGGUCUCAACACCACCACCCCCGAGAAGACUGAGGACCUCUUCCGCGAGUCCGUCGCCUCCCUUCGCCGCAACAAGCUCGGCCUCAAGGGUAUCCUUCACACUCCCAUUGAGCGCUCCGGCCACCAGUCCUUCAACGUCGCCAUGCGCCAGGAGCUCGACAUCUACGCCUCCAUCUCCCUCAUCAAGAACAUUCCCGGCUACCAGACCCGCCAUGAGGGUGUCGACCUCGCCAUCAUCCGUGAGAACACCGAGGGUGAGUACUCUGGCCUUGAGCACCAGUCCGUCCCCGGUGUCGUCGAGUCCCUCAAGAUCAUCACCCGCGCCAAGUCUGAGCGCAUCGCCAAGUUCGCCUUCAACUUCGCUCUGGCCAACAACCGCAAGAAGGUCACCUGCAUUCACAAGGCCAACAUCAUGAAGUUGGCUGACGGUCUCUUCCGCUCCACCUUCCACCGUGUCGCCAACGACUACCCCACCCUCGAGGUCAACGACAUGAUUGUCGACAACGCCUCCAUGCAGGCUGUUAGCAAGCCCCAGCAGUUCGAUGUCAUGGUCAUGCCUAACCUGUACGGUGGCAUUCUGUCCAACAUCGGCGCUGCCCUUGUCGGUGGUGCUGGUAUCGUCCCCGGUUGCAACAUGGGCCGUGAUGUUGCUGUCUUCGAGCCCGGUUGCCGUCACGUCGGCCUCGACAUCAAGGGCAAGGACCAGGCCAACCCCACUGCUCUGAUUCUGUCCGGUGCCAUGCUUCUCCGUCACCUUGGUCUCGAUGACCACGCCAACCGCAUUUCCCAGGCCAUCUACGGCGUCAUUGCCGAGGGCCAGGUCCGCACCCGUGACAUGGGCGGUGAGGCCACCACCCACCAGUUCACCAAGGCCAUCCUCGACAAGAUGGAUACCUUGUAA